UGCUCAUUGGCUGUGGGUGAUAAUCGGUCAACAGAGGAGCGGAGGGAGGGAGGCAGGCAGGAGGACGGCAGCAUGUUUACAGCUGCUCGCGGGCUCAGUACGUGUCGUGAACGACCCCCUCGCUUCGUCCGAUUGUAUUAAAAAACGCGACAAAUCCUCCAGCGGGACGUGGACGACGAUGUUUUGGUGGCGCGCGGGCAGGCUGUCUGCAGCGGCUGCGGAUCAGGCGCUCAGGUCCCCGGGCUGCUGUUUGGUGCGAGUCAAUGCAAACAGACUGAGGCACGUCACCGGGACGUUACGCAAAGGUCACACGGUUCGGUGCAGGUCUGUCUGUGGAUCCGUGGACUCCACCACACAUGCGCACCUGGGGGCGCAACAGCCGGAGCCGCGUCCGCUCCUGAGCUGGACGCUUGGGGUCGCGGACUCGGACCGGAGACACUGGGAGCGAGUGGCCGAGAGUCUCUUCAGAAGCGUGCGAAGCGAGGGCGGGAGUUUAGAUGUUAUCAAACCGCCGCCUGUGCACGCAAAGAGGCGCCACGGCAGCGGAGAGCAGCCGCUGGGUCGUGUGUUGUUUACAGGCACCUGGAGAGUCUCCAGCAGGACCAUGCACACCAGGGCUUCAUCCAUCGCUGCAGCCGCCAAGAGGAGCGACCCCGGGGAGGAGACAGGCGCCGACAAACGGGACGAGCAGAAUUUAAAGGAGGCCUCUUCUACCUCCUCGUCUGCUGAAAAGGUCCCGGGGGAGCCUGAGCCAGAAGGAGGGAAACCUACCAAGAUCCAGCAGCUAAAGAAAGUCUUCAAGGAGUACGGAGCAGUGGGAGUCUGCUUUCACGUCGGGAUCUCCCUCAUGUCUCUGGGAAUGUUCUACCUCCUGAUAUCCAGUGGGUUCGAUAUGGCGGCUGUGCUGUGCAAACUGGGCUUCAGCGAGGCCGUCGUUCGCUCUAAAAUGGCAGCAGGAACCAGCACGUUCGUCCUGGCCUACGCCAUCCACAAGCUCUUCGCUCCGGUCCGCAUCAGCAUCACUCUGGUGUCCGUCCCUCUCAUUGUGCGCUACUUAAGAAAGACUGGUCUCUUUAAACCCCCCACACCGGCCCCCUGAUGCCCCCUGAUGGACAUAGUUCAAACAACUGUAUAUUUAAUUACUCGUGCUUUUGGCUACAAAUGCCUCUUCUCAUCUCUCAUUGCAUUUUUUGAAUUCAGGUUAAAUAUUUCUCGUUGUAACAGAAUCCUGUCUCUGUGUGAUUAAAAAGACAUAAGUGUGACAGUUCUCCAAACACCCGUCUAUUUGGAGUUGAGUCUUAACGUGUGUGCAUUUUCACAAACCAGAGAGAAAAGUGCAAAGAAAGCUCAAAUAUUUAUAAACAAUCAGAUAUGAGAUCAGGGAUUUUGAGUUUCACUGCUAAGCUCUGAGUGGGCAGAGUUUUCUAUUAAUGCUGUGAAGGUUGCCACCGGGGACACCAGGAAGGAAAAAGCUGAUUUCUCCUCCACUGUUCCCUGAGAGCUGACUAGGCCAUGUUCUGGUGUUAUGUGAAUCAGCAGAAUAAUUCAGGUUGUCUCCGUCUCCUACCUCUCUCCUCUCUCACCUUUGCUCAGACUCUUUCUCUCCUCUCACCUAUCGUCCUAUUUUCUGCUGUUGUUGUUUUGCUUCCCUUCUAUUUUUCUUCUCAACAUCUCUCCCGGCAUCCAAUUCCUUCCUUCCUCUCAUCCAUUUUCCUCUUCAUUUUCUCCCUCUUGUUCUCUAACUUUGCUAAUGCCACUGCCCAAACAGUUUGCAAACACAUUAAUCUCUGAGUGAGGCUGAUUAUUGUUCAUUGCAAGCUUUGAAUGAAGAAUGUUGGACGUUGAACUUUAACUAUUAAACAUGAAGUUGUCUUUUA